AUGGGAGUAGAAUAUGGAUAUAAAUUUGUUGACGAAACAGCAGAAGCAACUGUUAAACGAUUAAUAACGCCACAUCAAAUUGACAAAAUUAAGCUUAAUCCUUCAAGAUCAAAUUUUUCUAUUAUCGGUAAACGUAGCGAAAUCUUUAGCUGGAUGGGUAAUAAUGGACAUCUCGAAAUUGAAUAUCAAGGAUUCUUUAGUUCGAUGGAAAAUCAUUUAACGAUACCAUUACUUUUAUGUGAACUUUAUAUCGAAGACGUUCAUGUUGGUCCUUCAACAAGAAUGCGUUUGGAAAUUAGACCUGAUAAUAGUCAAUUGGAUCUUCAAAAUAAUCAACCUAAUUUCGUAGAACGAAAGAAAGCAACAAAUGGGAUAACAUUACUACAAUUGUCAAAAGCUUGGGAUUGUUGCGAUAGGAGUACUUCCGAUUAUGAAUAA